GAGUAUCUAAACGAAAAUGUUUAAUUCUUUCUUCUUCCUGAAGUAUUUAUAAAUUCGACAUUAUCGACAAAAUUGAUUUAAAGUUUGGAAUGGCUGAACUAACAUUAAAAUUACUUGGAUCAUCUGAUUUUAAUCCAGAAAAAUAUGUUAGAGAGCUUUCACAAAAUUGUGUUGGUGGGCAAGAGCUAGUUCGUUUGAGAGCAAAAAUUUAUAAUUUGUCUGAAGAUACCAACAACACAUUAAAGAAAAAUGUUUAUCAGAAUUAUAUGCAAUUCAUUGAUACCGCCAAGGAAAUAUCCCACUUGGAAAGUGAAAUGUAUCAACUUUCUCAUUUAUUAUCAGAGCAUAAAAACUUACUAAAUUCAGUAUCUUCAGUAUCAAUAUUAGAUGAUAAUGUGCAAUUACGUUCUGAACAAGAUUUUAAUGCAAAAGAUGAGAAUGAAGAGCAAACAACUAAUAAGCAGAAAAUUUCUACAAUUAUAGAAAAAGUGGAAGGAUGUGUGAACUUUUCGGAAGAAUCUACUCCUCUCUUUUUACAUGAUGAUGAUAUUUUGGAAAUUGAUUCUAUUGAAAGUACUCCACUGAGAAGGAUACAUGCUUAUUUGUUUUCAGAAGGAUUGAUGAUAACAACUUGGAAUGCAAAUAGUUGUUUCCAAUCAUUUUUAGGAGAGGUCCAAUGCGUUACAAGUUUGAAACAUUUUAUGAAAUUGGUUCCCUUGCAGUGGUUAAUGUGAGAGAUUUAGGAACUGUAAAGCAUGCCUUCAAGCUGUUAGCUUUUCCAGAUACAAGGGUUUUUCAGUGUACAUCUAAUGCGGCCAAGAAAGAGUGGCU